CUCGUGUAUUCGACCCAGCGGCCUCUGGUCGGUGAUUUGGCCAUGCGAAGAGCGUGCCUCGCUCUGCUUCUUGCAGUCGCGGUGGGGCGGCUUGAGAUUGAGGCGGGCUUAGCAUAGCCAUUCUCAGUGAGACUGACGUGGGCAACCUGCAAAAGCUUCCAUGUCAACGAAUACCGCAGCGGCCCUUAUCCCAUCGAGAUGAACACAGGGGACUUGAUUGGGGACGUCUUCUUCGCGCUGCAGCUGGAGCUCAUGCUGCCGUUGGUUUGCCCGGAUCCCAAGUGGCCCUACCAUGACGACUGCCACAACAAGGAGAUCACCUCGAAGGACCUCGUGGUGAGCCGCCUUGUCCUGCAAGUGGACCCUCAGUGGAGCGCAUACGCGGCUUGCAACCAGGGUCUACCUGGAAAUGUGGACGAGUACGGCAACCACUGCGCGGAGGGGACGUAUUGCUGCUUUUGCGGGGAGCCCUACUUUCGCCGGCCUCGGCCCUGCAAUGGCACCCUCGGCCGCAAGAACGUGAAGAAAGACCUGCACUUUGCGCCCGCGCAGUGGUGCAACGAGUCGGCGAGGGACUACGACUGCUGGCAGGCGAGGCUGCACGAGAAGCUGCAGUGGAGCGACCCCGGGUGGUGGUACUCAACGGCGGCGGCGGGGUACUGCCCCUACCACCCGCAGAACUGCAGCUGGGAGGUGGUCGCCUUGCAGAAAGUCAUCAACCAGACCUGCCACCGGGAGUCCUAUGGCGGAGCUGUGGAGGCCUACAACCGCAGCUGCUUUGAGGCGUGCGGGGUGCGGAAUAUGAGCUCGCCGUGCUGGACGCGAUGCUUCUACCAGACGAUCAUGGGUCCGGAGGGCGGCACACCACACGGAAAACUGGAGGGCCUGAGCAUGGCCGAGUUUGCCAAACUUUGGCGCCGCGCCUUUGAGUCCGACGACCCCGCGCAGGGCGGCUGUCCGGGCCUGACGCCGGUUUUCCCGCAGGUGGUGGUGUAGUCUCUCGCAUCGGCUUCCAGGCAGCUGCAAUUGUCGAGGGGCCAGGCAGCCUUGGUCCGAUUUUCUUGCUGAGCCAAGUCAGCGUGAGGGAAAGCUCUCCCAACCUUGGCCGUCGCAAGUUGGAAGCUUGACCGGCCAUCGGAUUUUUCCGGGAAUCCGUUCAUGUCGCAGCGCGUACUUGUUUACUUCCAUUUGCUGAAAUGAAUAUUGUGUAUUUCCCCUCUUGUUGGCU